CAUAUAAGAUGCCGUCACCUGUCGGUGCACGUUGAUAAAUGAGACACACCAUGGUAGAAAAACUCUGAUCUUCUUCUGAAAACCUCUCCCAGCCAGCCAGCCAGCCAGCCAGCCAGCCAGCCAGGUCCAAAGAAACAAACCUCUCUGUCCUUCUCUUUGACACGGACUGUGUUAUAAAUAUCUGUGGUGAUUGUUGAGAGUGAAAAAAAAACAAUUCACAGAGAAAGAAAGUGAAAGGUCUGGCCGGGUUAAAGAGCAUAGCUGUGAGAGUUGUUGGCGGGUUCAGUAGGAGAAGGAAAGCGAAAAGGAAAAUUAAAGUAGAAGAUAAGUUGGUGGAUAUGCUGCAUAAGAUGAUCUUCCCUGUUAGAAGAGUUUGGCUUGCUGUUUCUGCUCGUCUCAGAGCUCGCAAAAAUGGUGCUGGUCUUCUGGAGCUUCACAAUGAUGUACAGACCUGUGGAUAUGAAGAUGUGCAAGUGAUGUGGGAAAUACUAAGGAGAUCGGAAUCUGAGCUGAUGGCAAGUCUUCCAAAGCGCAAGCAACGGCCUUUUUGGAGAGUUUUUGUUUGGUCUAACCACGGUGCAGCCUCAUCCUUCUCUGCAAAUCAUUCCUGAUAAAGGACUCCUGCUUGAUCAAGAAUAAUAUGCUGCCUUUGUCUUGCAACUUGACAUGGGGCAUUCAUAGUUUUACUAUCCAACGGCCGUCAUUGCAGUAGCAUGGUACAGAGCUGUUGCAGGGGUAUCCAAAUCAGUAUAUAAGAUAUGAGCCUUCUGUACAUACACAAUGUUUUGUCAUAACCCACAACCAUAAAUGAAAUAACUUCCUCGAUGAGCUUCAGUUUA